AUGGAACAAACCCAUCCAUCGCGCGCUCCUUUGGAACAGCUUCAAGUGUUGUGGAGUCGACCAAUGUGUCUACGCCAAGCGUUCCAGGAUUGGCUCCGUGAAUGUAUGCUUCUACGUGAACGACUUAAUCAUCUCUGUGAAGACACGGGAGGCGAUCCUUGGAACGCCCAUGACCAAGUAGACAAGGUACAUCGACGACGUUGUGGAACGGUUCAACCAGCAGGACGCAAAGCCAGUGGAGAACCCAUGUACGUCAAGCGUGAAGCUGUCGAAAGACCUUUGUGUUACUGCCCGAUGCAGACCCGGCAUCAAGAACAAGGCCACCGCGCAGUAGCGUGGAUAAACACUCUAAGGAAGGACGGAGCUCCGGUGAGCGCCACAAUGCUGGAGCUACAAGCUAAGGAGACUGCAACGGACUACCAUGUAUCACCUUUCAUGGCGUCAUGGCAUUGGAGGAAAGGGUUCAUGAAGCGCCAUCGUCUGAGUAUUCGUGCCCGAACUAGACAAGGCCAGGUAUCGCUAUAG